CCGUAAUCAAUAUUGCAACUCAUCCUCUCUGUUUUACCGUCCAAACAUUAUCAAACCAAUCCCACCUAAAUUUCUCUCUAUUCCACCCUUUUCUCUUCUUGUUUAAAAUAAUACAAAUUCCGUAUAAAUAUACACUCAUAUAUCCAAAUCUGUAUAUCUAUAUGGAGUAUAUAUGGAUAAAUUAUCAUACGUAGAUAUAUAAUUAACAAUUACAAGAAACUUUUCAUUUCAGUAUGUUUCCAGAACUGAAAUCAUAAGUCCACGCAGGUAAAAAGUUUUCCGUUUCCCUUCAAACAUCCAUCCUCCAAUGGGUCCUUCAUGUAGACGACGAAAACAAAAAUGUUCAACGAAAUCAAGAGCCCUUAAAUCCUCACCGUCCAUUUCUCCCGCAGAGACGGAGUCAACUGAGUCAACGGUCAACGCUACUGACCAAGAAGGACGGCCUGACGGCGGCGAGAUUGAAGCGGCGGCGGAUGAUAUUUGUUUGACGCCGAAAGCUGCGAGGUUUCGGAUACCGGAGAUCAAGACGUGCCCUCCGGCGCCGAAGAAGAGGCGGCGGACGACUGUGGGGAAGAGCUGCUCGGUGCGGCGAAUACCCAUCGCCUUCUUUGCGCCGGCGGACUUGGACCUCUUCUUUUACGUUGAACUUCGCGGCGGCGGCGGCGUUCCUGUUUGAAUGCUAAGUUGUACUCAUGUACUCUCUCAUGUUAAUUAUUAAUAGGUUUAAUGAAAUAUCAACCCUACUUUAAUUGUUCUUUUAUGAAUUUUAAUUUAGGGACCUUUGAUUUCGUAGUUGUGUGGUAUAUUAUGUUUAAGCC